AUGAUUUUUCUGUUCACUAUAUUAGCGCUUGUGGCAGCAGCCGUUUACUGUAACGUCGUUUGGGGCAGGAGGAAGCUGGUGAGCUUUUUUUGGAUUCAGAUUCUGAUGACUUGGAAAAACAACCAACAAACUAAGUUGGUGUAGAAGAAAAAGCCAGGGCUGAGUUUUUUUUUUCAGGCCGAUAGGCUGUUAGGGUUUUCAGAGGAGGAUGUGCUAGACAUUUUUGAGUAAAGGGACUUUUCUUCCAGCGUCGGAUGGAGUUGGAAGCGAUCGUUGCACGCAAACGAGCAGAUCGCGAAGCGAGCAUCGCGGCCGCGAAAAGCAGCGCCGCGAAAGUUGAUGUCGAGGUCCGCGACCGAAUCGCCGUCAUGGAAUUCGCCGAACUUCGAGGUCAUCUUUCUUCGAAUUUUUUAAAAUUCUCGACGUUCUAUUGGUUUCAUCUGUUUGAUAUCAGUCUGGGUUCGCCUGAACUGUUUGUACUUCGACUUUGCUCAUGAUUCACGCGAUAGUUUUCUCUUCGGCUCGGUGAUACGAAGUCGUCAGACUCUUUCGUCUGAAAGCCUCUCUUUUCAUCUGGUUUGUGUAAAUAGAAUCAAAAAGCAAUAGAAAAGAGUUGAAUAAUCAUCAUGACAUUGGAUGAUAACAUAAAAUAUAAAGCUCAUCUUCAGAUGGUCUCCAAAAAGGAGAGAUCUCCUGUCUGGACGCCGUGCGGACUUUCUACCACAAAGCAAUUCUUGCCAAUGAGAGAACCAACAGCGUUUGCAUGUUCAUUAAGGUUUCAAAAGAAACUCAUUUGCAAAUGAAAGUUUUGUUGAAGGAAGCCGAGGAAUGGGCCAGGGAGUGGGACGAAAAGGCCAAGGAACCUGGAUUCGUGAAGCCAGCCCUCUUCGGAGUUCCCUUCUCUCUGAAAGAAUGCGUUCCAGUAAUUUUCCGACAGUUCUUACGAAACCUUUCUCUCACUUUUCCAGAUCGAAGGCUACGAUCAGACCCGCGGUUUCGUUCAAGAUACCUACAAACCGACAAAAGAGGACAGUGUUAUGGUGGCUCAUAUCAAGAAAAUUGGUGAGUUCUUCUUUUGAAAGUUCUGCGAUCAGACUCGCAGUUUCGUUCGUUCGGAAGUUCCUCAAAAAAUGAUUAUCAGGUGGAAUCCCGUACGUUCAAACAAACGUGCCGCAAUCUCUUCUCAGUUACAACUGUGCCAAUCCAGUUUUCGGUACGAAUCCAAUGAAAGCACUUGGAAUUAGUUUUCUGAAUAUUCAGGAGUCACCAAUCAUCCCAAGGACAAGAACCGCACGAGUGGAGGCUCUUCUGGGGGUGAAUCGGCCAUCCUUGCCGCCGAUGGAUCAGUUUUGGGUUGGUUUCUAAAGAUCUUUAUAAUCCACUGUUUUGCUUCUCAGGUAUUGGUGGCGACGUAGGUGGCUCCAUUCGUAUACCUUGUCAUUUCACUGGGACUGCUGGUAUCAAGGUAGACUCUCAAGUCCUUUUCCAAUCUGAAAUAUAAAUUAAGCCGUCGCAUCUGCGAUUCUCGCACCGCGGAGUCUGCGGGUCGGUGCCUGGCCGACCUUUGAUCAACUCGAACGACGGCCCGAUGGCCAGGGAUAUUGAGACGAACGUCGCCUUUCUGCGCGAGGUUCCUUCUGAAUCCGAAUCAUCGUAACUCACGCUUCCGUUUCAGGUCUGGAAGGACGACUGGAUUUCGCAGCAGGAUCCCUACGUGCCGCCCGUUCUCUGGAACGAAGAUCUCUACAAGGAGGGCCGCAAAUACCGAAUCGGGUACUACGUUGACGACGGCUGGUUCACGCCGACUCCUGCACUUCAGGUCUGUUAUAAUGACUCUUUUUUUGAGUCAUAGGAAGGGAACAAGUGUUGGAGAGAAUAUUUUCAGCGAUCAGUGCUUGAAGCGAAAGAGCAUCUGGAGCGCGCCGGACACACUUUGGUGCCUUUCCAGCCGCCGCGAGUUCCAGAAGUCAUGAGACUUUUCGUCCGGGCCGUCUGCGUCGACGCCGGCCAGUACUUGCUCAACAAAAUGCUCAACGUGGGUUUCUGAAAUUGACUAACGUGAAAAUGUUUAAAAAAAGGAUGGUGAAUGAACCUUGAUAUAAUUUUUCUGCCGCGAGAAAAAAUUAUAAAACUUUGAAAGCCUCUAAUUUCGGGUUUAGGACAUCGUGGAACCGACUCUCUACGCUCAAGUCGCCAUGUGGAUGAUUCCUGUGCGUCUUCAGCGGGUUCUGGCCUACGUCGGAUCAGUCUUCUUCCCGCGACUCGGCAACCUGAUGAAAGCCCUCGCCAAGGACACUUCAGGUUUUUCGCUCGGCCGGAAGCCAUAUCUGAUUUGUUUCCAGAGCUUCGCGAAUGCUAUGCCGCUAUCGAGGCCUACCGCAGCGAGUUCACAGUUCUGAUGCUCGACAAGAAAAUCGACGCCCUGCUCUGUCCAUCGCAGGUUUUCCUUGCUCUCAUCAUCACAACCAUGUUUCCUUUUGAGGUUAUGCCAGCCCCGCCCCACGACAUUCCAUCUAAACUCUUUGCUUCCAUCAGCUACACUGGAAUCUUUAAUUUGCUCGAUUUCGGAGCAGGUUUUUUCAAUAUCCGUGAAUUUUUUUAUUAUGUAUUUCGUUCAGGCGUCGUGAAUGCUACUUAUGUGACAAAAGACGACGAGGAAAAGCUUGAGGCCUAUCCGGAAACGGACGUUUGGUACAAACUCGCUAAAAAGGCUACAAAGGUCAGUUUGGCCAAGAUAUACGAUUCAGAGCGUCUAAGAAAAAAAAAAUGUAAAUUUGUUAUUUCCAGGGAACCGUCGGAUUUCCAGUGGGAGUUCAAGUUGCGGCGCCGCCUUUCCGCGAAGAAAUCGUCCUUCGAGUACUUCGCGACAUAGAGAAGGCAGUCAUUGGUCAUUAG